AUUGUUCUCUAAACAAGGCAAUUUGAUUUUCGACACAAUAACUUAAGUGCAAAUAUCAAUAAAAAAAAAACUAUAAUGUUAAGUGGAUUUAUUUUAUUAAUAUUAUUUCGAAGCUAUUUUUGUUACAAUGAUGUGGUACCGUUGGAAAACGCGACACAAAAACAAUUUAUAUAUAAUAAUACGUAUGAAUAUGACUCCAUAAUAGAUUUGACUGUGAACGAAACUGCUACCCAUAUUUUAGACUUCAAUGAGCAAUCCAAUCUUAUGUCUGUGUUUCCGACGCGCGUUCACGUCAGCACAAAUGAUACUCUCGAUUUGUCCUACCCUCUAUUCGUGACUGCUGCCCAACAGAAAGGAGUAUCAUCAUGGGAGCUACCUUUGGUAGUCAGCACUAAGCAGGCGGUGUUGAAGUUUAAUGACAUGGCUCGGACUCUCUGUCCACACGACGCGGGACCUAAUGUAACGUCUCAAGGACGUCCCACUCUAACGCUGGCGACAUCGAGCCCUUCAAAUGUAUCGGUUCGGAUAAAACUUCGUCGCGUCGAAGAUUUCUUCAUUGAAGUAAAUAAGGACGUUAAUCUAAACGUGACGCCAAGCACCCCAAAGUAUUAUUACUUUUCGUUCGACCGAGACCCGUGGAAACAUUUGGAGACGAAACACCCCCAACUUUUCCCUCGCUUUAACUACACAAUACCAAAGAGUGUGCUGUUAGAAAUAAACUCCAACGACCACGUGUGCGCGACUGUGUCUAUACAGAACAACUCGUGUCCUGUUUUUGAUAACGAGAAGGAUAUGAUGUAUCAAGGGUACCACUUCACGAUGACCACGAAGGGUGGUAUAACUGUAACGCAAUCGAUGUUCCCUCGCGGCUUCUACAUAGUGUUCAUAGUGAAGGAGAGCGAUGAGGAGUGCACCGGCAUCAGCGGCGACCACAGUGCGGGCUCCGACAAACGCACUAAGAAUUUCAGUUUCCGCGUGAUGGCGGCGGCGGCCCCGGCGGACUACCUGACGUUGGUGCUGGUGUCGCUGGCGCUGCCGGCACUCGUGGCGCUGCUGGCGCCCACCAUCAUGCUGCCCACCUGUCGCGCCAGUCGGACGAUUGAAGUUGAAGAAGCUCCCGGACCUUCCGGCAUCCAAGACCCUCGCACCUCGGAGACCACAAGAAUCAUCGGCAGGAGUAGUCAUCAGUCAGAUUCUGAUAUAGAUUCUGAACCGGAUAUAGAUGACAAGUCUCUUCCGAUACCUCUGAACGUGGCGAGGUUGAGUCGAACGCGACCUCUGGCGCACAACCGUCGAUCAAAUAGGUACUUUUGGAGUGCUCUAACGGUAGCGGUAGUGUACGCGCUGCCCGUUGUACAACUACUGUUCACGUAUCAACGGAUGGCGCUGCAGACGGGCGACCAGGACGUGUGCUACUACAACUUCCUGUGCGCGCUGCCGCUGGGCGCGCUGCAGGACUUCAACCACGUGUUCUCCAACGUGGGCUACGUGCUGCUCGGCCUGGCCUUCAUGCUGCAGGUGCGCUGCCGCCCGCCCGGCGACGAGCUCCAGGAGCUGGGUAUCCCUGAACACCGUGGUCUGAUGUAUUCCAUGGGGUUGGCGCUGAUUAUGGAGGGCUUGCUGUCCGCGUGUUACCAUCUCUGUCCCAAUAAGAUGAAUUUCCAGUUUGAUUCGUCGUUCAUGUACGUGAUAGCGGUGCUGUGUAUCGUGAAGCUGUACCAGAGCCGGCACUCGGACGUGAACGCCAGCGCGCACGCCACCUUCAUGCUGCUGGCCUUCCUCAUGGCGAUCGGAGUCUUCGGUAUAGUGUACCCGAAUCUGUAUUUUUGGACUUUCUUCACGAUUGGACAUUUAGCCGUCUGCUUCUUCUUAACACUUAAGAUAUAUUAUGUUGGAAGAAUGAAAAUAGGAAGUUCUAUGGUGAAGCGAGCGUGGGGGGAGGUGAGACGCACGGGGCGCUCCGCCUUCAGACCGAAGUACCCCGCGCGGGCGGUGUUCUUGGCGCUCGCGAACUUGGCCAACUGGGCCCUGGCCGGAUACGGCAUGUACGAGCACAACGCGGACUUCGCGCGGCACCUGCUGGCCGUGCUGCUGGGCAACGCCAUCCUGUACACGCUGGCCUACGUGGUGCUGAAGCUGGCGCACGCCGAGCGCGUGUGCGCGCGCACGUGGGGCUGGCUGCUGCUCGCCGCCGCGCUCUGGGCGCUCGCCGCCGCGCUCUUCCUGCACUCGCGCACCAAGUGGUCGCAAACCGCGGCGCAGUCGCGCACGUACAACGCGCAGUGCACCGCGCUGCAGUCGCUGGACACGCACGACCUGUGGCACCUCUCGUCCGCGGCCGCCAUCUUCUCGUCCUUCAACGCGCUGCUGAUCAUCGACGACCCGCUCGCCACCACCCCGAGGAUUGAAAUUCCUGUGUUUUAGGCACUAGCGGUGUAGCAUCAGUUGAUACCUAAUUUUACAGGUAGAACUUUGUGCUCCUCUAGGUUAGGCACUCAUUCUCCCCAAAACCGAUGUAUUAUAUUUGUGUUUGUGAGAAAUGAAGUCAGUGUGAAUUUUGCUAGGGAUAUAAGGUCUUAGAUCAAAUGGCUAGUGCAUUGAUUGGCUGAGGGGCUUAAACUACAAAUGGUAAGCCUCUUACCACCAUACCAAAAUUAAAAAUAUCAUUAAUUUAAGUAGAAUCUCUUAGAAUACACAUUGUAAUACUUAUCUAGAUAACAUUUACUUGGUGGCAGGGCUUUGUGUCCGUCUGGGUAGGUACCACCCACUCAUCAGAUAUUCUACCGCCAUACAGCAAUACUUAAAAUUGUUGUAUUCCGGCUUGUAAGGUGAGUGAGCCAGUGUCGGUGCCGUAUUGACGAUGUAACGAAUGAUUAAUAUAUCUUGCAGGGGUCACUGAUCAUCAGGUUGACCAUUUGCCAGCCUAGCUAUAUUUUUUAAAUAAAAUAAUAAUACUAAAACUAGAGAGUCUGUGUGGUUGAAUACGCUAAUCUCAAGAACUACCAAUAAUAUAAUAAUAUUUAAUAGAACUUUAAAUAAUUAUACAAAUCCAAUUUGUAUAAUUAUUUUUGCGUUUGACAGUUCGUUUACAGAGCAAGAUUGUAAGUUCUGUAAAUUUACGAUACGACAUUUAGAAGCAGUGCAUUAAACUUAAACGUCAACCAAUUUGACAAACGCCAUGUAGACUUCAUGACGUUACCUGCCAAAGUUAGUUCGGGAACCCCCUCUGGAUGACGUAAAAACCAGUGUUACCUGAAAAGAAAAAUAUGUUGAUUACUAUUGUAAAUGAUAGAAAUGAUUUUUUGGGUUGGGUGCUUAAUGACAUAAAUAAAUGUGUAUUAAAAUAAAGUUUCGUUCGGAAAUGUCGGUAGUCAUCGAUAUAACUUAUUACACCCUAAAUAAUUAUAAUAAAAAAAUAUUCAAUAGUAAAUAAAUUAAAAUAUGAUUUUGUAUCGAUCAAUCGAACUAAACGUUAGUAUUUAAUUUACUGAUACUAUUUAAGCACCUUUUCACCCGUAUUAACCUCUCAUUUAUAAUUAAAAAAAAAACACAUGUUAUGGUUAAAAACCAAAAUCGUAUCGGCUAUAAAAGUACGUUGAUUUGACUUUGUAUGGACGCUUCGGUGACGAGAAAAAGAAGACUGGAAUGGACGGUAGGGGAAGACCCGUUGCGCUUGAAUCUUAACAUAGCUAUUCUUGUCUGAAACAAGAAUGUUUAAUCCAAAUGGAACGCAAUUAAAACCUCAUUACUAAUGACGGAUUUAUAUAUUUUCUGUGUAUUUCUUUUUUUUAAUGAACGAUUUUUAUGUUGCAACCAUUGAUCCGUUUACGUUUUAAACGAAGUUAACUGGAAACUUAGCUAAAGUGUAGUACAGACGAAAGAGUACCUAUGGCUCAGAUGCUAUAUUAUUUUAAUGUUAAGUUAUUAAAUAAAGAUCAAUACUAGUUUUAAGCCACUUCGUAAAUCCUAAACUACUUAGAAUGUGUUAGUAACUAAUAAAUACCAAAAAUAAGCGACAUUAAGUUUUUAAAUAAAUAUAAUAUGUCAAAAAAUAUCAUUUAUGACAUUAGAAAAAAUAAUUCUUAUCAAAUUAUUUUUGAGGCGAUUUUAAUUGACGUAUAACUUCAUAAGUGUUGCCAACUUAAAAUAUUAUUAAUAAAGUG